AUGCGUUCAUUUGGGUACAGCGUGUCGCCUCAGCUGAUUAUCGACUGUUCUAAUGUGUUGUUGUCUCUCUCCUCUGUAGGGAACGUGUUUGUGGUGAGCCUGGCCUUUGCUGACCUGGUGGUGGCCUUCUACCCGUACCCCCUGGUGCUCUACGCCAUCUUCCAUGACGGCUGGUCGCUGGGAGAGACUCAGUGCAAAGUCAGUGGUUUCCUGAUGGGCCUGAGCGUCAUCGGCUCCAUCUUCAACAUCACCGGCAUCGCCAUCAACCGCUACUGCUACAUCUGUCACAGCUUUGCCUACGACAAGCUCUACAGCUACCGCAACACCCUCUUACUGGUGGGGCUCAUCUGGCUCCUCACCAUCCUGGCCAUCAUACCCAACUUCUUCGUAGGGUCGCUCCAGUACGACCCCAGGGUGUAUUCGUGUACCUUUGCUCAGGCCGUCAGUACAUCGUACACCAUCACUGUGGUGGUGAUUCAUUUCUUCGUGCCCAUUGCCGUGGUUACCUUCUGCUACCUGAGGAUCUGGAUCCUGGUCAUCCAGGUGAGGAGGAAGGUGAAGUCAGAGGCGAAGCCCCGCCUCAAACCCAGCGACAUGCGCAACUUCAUCACCAUGUUCGUGGUGUUCGUGCUCUUCGCCAUCUGCUGGGCGCCGCUCAACUUCAUUGGGCUGGCCGUGGCCAUCGACCCGGAGACGGUGGCGCCACGGAUCCCCGAGUGGCUGUUCGUGGUCAGCUACUUCAUGGCGUACUUCAACAGUUGCCUUAACGCCAUCAUCUAUGGUCUGCUCAACCAGAACUUCCGUAAGGAAUACAAACGGAUUAUCAUGUCCGUGUGGAUGCCUGGUCUGUUCUUCCAGGAGGCGUCACAGGGGGGCACAGAGGGUAUGAGGAGCAAGCCCUCGCCCAGGCUGGGACUCAACAACAACGAUCACGUCAAGGGAGAGGCUUUGUGACGUUGACGCCAAGGUUCUCCACUCCUUUCCCAUGUGUUUUGUUUCUUUUUUCAGUCGUGGAGUGCCAUUUCUCUACUGUAUCUCACUGACUGCACAGUUGUGCUGUUACCAAAGCCUCAAUGAACUCUCGGAAUGGUGCGGAUUAAAGAGAGAGAGAGACAUACACAACAAAAGAGAGAAAGAGAGAGGAGGUGUUGACUGAUGAUAACUGACUCUGUUAUUCACAAUUCGAAGAGUACCAUUCAUGAAGCAUACAGUAUACAGUACAUUACCAAA